CGAGUGUGUUUGACGAUGAUGAUCUUUCUUUAAAUUAUUUGCGAAGUACUAAAAAACGACAUUCACCAGUCGUAAUGCAUUCAGCGCAUCGAAAGAUUUAUCCAUCACCAAGACAGGAUGAAUUACAAACGGAAAAAAUGUGUCAACGAGAACUUUCCAAUAACAUCCUUCAGAAACAAUUAAAGGACGUUCCAAUACACAAUAUACAAUUUUAUCAAGGAAAAGGAAAUCAACUGCAUGAAGAACGAAUGGAUCACGAGGAAGAGGGUGAAUUACAAGCUCGAAAUAAUCAGAAACUCCAUCAGGAACAAGAUCGACAAACACAAAUUCAGGAAUUGCAUCAAAAAAUUUUUCAUGCACAACCACAACAAAGGGAAUGUGAAGAACGAGAAGAGAAGACCAGGAGAGAGCAAUUGCAGCCUGGAAGAGAUUAUCAACAAUUGCGACAAGAAAAUAGGCAGCAGCAAAGAGAACAAGAACAUUUGCAAAAUGAUGAGCAAUUACAUAAAGAUAAGGAGCGUCAGUUGCAAAUGAUGAGACAACGCCAAAAAGAACUUUCGCUUUUGGAAAAUGCGCGUCAGGAACAACAAAGGAAACGGAUUUUCCUUCAGGAACAACAUUCACAACCAACUUCACCUAAACCUCGAGUUGUGCUUACAGACGAACAAGUCACACCAUCGAUUUCAAUGAAAUCAUUCCAAUUACCAAAUGUUUCUUUAUCAAUUGGAGAUAAUCGGCAAUAUAGACGUAUGAGUAACCUUGGUGGGACAAGUACUCAAGGACCACUUUCUGCCUUAAGGACACUUACUGACAAUUAUAGGAAGCUUGAGAUUGAUAAAGAUAAUGCGGAUCAACGUAUUAAUCAACUGGAGAAGGAAGUAGAACAAUAUCGGCAACUCCUGCAAAAAGAACAAGUCAAAAUACGAUCUUUAGAGGCCGAUAGCCGCGCGAACAAAGUGAAAGGAAAGGAUGGCGAGAAUCAUGCCGACAAAGAAAAUUUACGAUUACAAAAAAUCAAAAAGGUUUUGUGUGGUAUCAAAUUUGUAGAACUCGAGAAUCGGGUGAACUCUCUACAUAAAAAAUACGAAGCUUUAAAAAGACAGUUGGAAUAUUCAAGGCAAUAUACUCUUAGGGCAGAAGAAGAGCGUGAUGAAGCAAAAAAAGCUUUGAUAAUUGCAAAGCAAGAAAUUGCUAUCAUAAACAAAGAGUAUGAAGAUCUUAAGGCAGCAGCACAAAAUCAGAGAACUAGACCUCAGGGCACAUCAUCUCCUAGAUCAAUAGCGACGAGGUUGUCUUUAACGUCGCAACCGCAACAAGAUGAGACCAUUAGGGUCUUGAAGAAUGAAAACCGAAAAAACGCAAUUUCUAGUAAAGAACGGUACGAUAACUUGCGGAAUAGUUCGCAUGGCUCUAGUUCACCAGAACAAACCAAUCAUGAUCACGAAAAAAGACGUUCAAAGAAAAAAAUUUAUCAAGAGAGGGUUAAAUAUUCGAGUUCAAUGGAAGAAAACGGAAAUGUUGCUCCCCAAGUGUUUCAGCGACCAGCUAGUAGUAGGGGAUUUGAAAAUCGGUAUAUUGAUCCUAAAUAUUGUGAGCAAAUUAAAGAUCCAUGCGAAGAGCCUCAGCGAGAAACUGAGUUGUCGUCAGGAAACAACAAAAAAUUUAAUAAUAUGCGGGAUAACUCACGUUGUUCAAGUCAAGAGAGUGAUCAACAGGUUAAGACCACUAAGAAAUACCAAGACACAGAAGAUGAACACUAUUUUGUUAAUACAGGGAACAAAAGGAAACAUUCAAGAUAUGAACGAAACGACCGGUAUUCAAAUGAUCCUUCUGAUGACUCUGACGACCGAAUAGAGGAACGCGAACAUAAUGAUCAUUUCGGAAGACAAAAUAGACAAGUCAAUGCUCUACUCAAUAUGGAUCAACCUAGAUGGAGAGACGUAAAAAACGGAAAAUCUUAUCUUAAAAAAAGGGUUCGUGAUGUUACCGAAACACGUCUACGGAAUGCCAAAGGUUCAGGCGACCAUCGUGAAGUUCCAUUUAUUGGUACUGGAAAAUCAGAUUCUGUCACUGUUAAUUUACAACAAGCUUUUGUUAUGGCGAAACAUCAUGAUACGAAUUCAUGUUCUGUAUGUAAAAAAAAAAAUCACAACACCGACGAGAACGCAAAUACUCGACAUCAUCAUACCGAAGAACUUGGUUUAAACCACGAUACUCCUGACAUAGCAUUAACGAAGGUUAUAUGCAAUUUAACCGAUGAAUUGGCGCAUUUGAAAAUUAAUCUAGUUGAUGAGUACCAAGCCAUUGAUCCUGUGGAUAGCAAAUCCAUAAGAACAGCCUUAGCCGAGGAAAUGAAAGGAGUGAUGGAUGAUAUGGAAAUGAAGGGAGACCAAAUUGCAAUGCUAUAUGAUGUACACAAAAAGACGAUUAAAUUGUCAUCGAGAGAAAGUGAAACAACUCAACGAAUCAACUCACGCCAAUCAAACAAUAUGUACACAGAUGAUACGGCGGAGUUCUCGAGAAAUCAAAAAAAAACUCAAAAUAGAAAUUUAUUGAGAAGAUCUCAAAAAGUACAGGAAAUAUUUAGACAUGACGUUGUAACGAAUGGCGAAAUUGCCAUUAUGAAAUAUAC